AUGACAGCGACUGGAAAACUUGAUAGGCGUCAUUUGCGUGGCCUUGCUAUGAAUUCGUCUCCCGAUGACAUGGCAUUAUAUAGACUCUCUAACGCAUCGACACGGACUCCAUCUACACGUAUGGAAUUGGAUUUGCAAGCACUCUGGUCCCAGGUUCUUCAGGUGGAUACAGCUUUGAUUUCCGUGAAUGCUCAUUUCUUCCGACUUGGUGGUGAUUCUAUUGCGGCCAUGAAACUGGUAACCGUAUCCAGAUAUAACGGAAUAUCCCUGACCGUCACUGAUAUAUUCCGCAACCCAUUCCUUUGCGAUCUAGCCGCACUUGCUGCAUCUCAUCAUAGCAACUCUGGACACGAAUUGCUUGUACCAUCAUCUUCCUUCAAGGACUCUACAGAUCCCAUUUUUGCAUUCAGCAAAGCUGAAAUUUCCCCACUCGUUCAAUACCCCCCCGAGGAUAUUCUCCAAAUCCUGCCUCUUGUGACGGCGCAGUCACUAUACAGGCUGCUGAGCGCGCAAGUGACGCGAAAUCUGCGCCAACGAGCAAUCACCCACGCCCACGAGGUCCGCCUAGCCAACACAGCCGCCUCAGACCACUCAGAAAGCACCGAGUCGGAAUCAGAUCUGACACAACCAUCUGGGACCAUCUCCCAAGCCGAAAGCUCCGAGCAGUCUGAAGAGUCCGAUCCGCCCGGGCGAUCCGACACAGACGCGCCAUCAGCCCCGGAGAACUCGGGGUCGGACUCGGACGCCAAUCUAGAGAUCCCAGACCGGGAGGCAGUCCAGCAAUCCUCGGCCUCAGAUACCGACACACGACCUGAACAGCAAAUGUCCAUGUCCCUGUUCAGCAGCCCGAAGAAACGACGGUCAACGCGCCUCCAGAAGGAACCGAUCAAACGCCGAAAAACCACAGGCCCGAGAGAAAUACCCCAACCAACACCCGAACAACGGCCAAAGACCCGAGCGGGCUGGACCCCUAGGCGGAAAGCCUAA